AUGCCUCAUAUUUCUAAAUAUACCGAAAACCAGCUCCAGGAAGCGCUCGUUGCUAUUAAGAAUGGCAUGCCUCAACUCUGUGCUAGUCGCAAGUGGGGUAUUCCAAGGACAACACUUCAAUCGCGCCUUAAAGGAGCCCUGCCCAUGAAAGAGGCAAAAGAAGCAUAUCAAAGGCUCAGCCAGGAGCAGGAAAAACACCUCUGUGACUGGGUUCUUGCCCAGGCCGCCCUUGGGCUGCCUCCAACGCAUCAUCAACUCAAGGAAUUCGCUGGCCGGAUCCUCAUCGCCGGCGGCGACCCCCGCCCGCUUGGGAUAAACUGGGUUUCGGGCUUUUUAGCCCGAAACCCAGAGGUCAGCACGAUCAAAGGUAAAGCUCUUGAAUCUGCCCGUGUCAACGGCGCCUCUGUGGCCCGGAUCAAAGAACGGUUCUAA